AUGCAAUUCAUCAAGGACCAUUCCGACGUACCAGUACCUCGAGUUUUGGCGUAUGAACUUGACGAGAAUAACGCGGUGGGCGUCGCGUUCAUACUGAUAGAGGUGCUCCCUGGUAGCGUCGCUAUAGACGCUCUAGGCGGGUACGAUGUCCACCGCGGUGUAAUACCUAGAGAGCACAGACAGACCUUCUACCGCUCCGUCGCGAGGCAGCAUGUCCAAUUAACCUCCCUACGACUCCCGCAAAUCGGGUCGGUUGCACGGAACCACAAUGGUGGAUACGAAUGUGGUCCCCUGCCGGGAAUCGGCGGACCGUUCGAUACAGCAGCCGCAUUUUUCGAAGCGUGGGCCGAUAGCGUUAAGUUCAAGUCGAAUAAUGAGACGAUCACACGUAUGAUGCAGAAUGGUACAGCUCCAAUCUCGGCGGAGCAGAUGAUUACGAUUAUCGAGAACUUCCCAUUGCAGAUCAAGGCGAUGGCUAACCGUAAUAUCAUGGUGGAUGAUAGCUUCUGUGUGACAGGAAUCAUUGAUUGGGAAGGCGCGUGUACAGUUCCCUGUGAGCUUCUCGCAUUUCCUGAUUUCCUUACCGCUAUGCCUGUCUCAUUCGACUUGCCUCAGAGAUACGAUCAAGAUGGACAGCCGCUUGACGAGGAAUUACGAGAAAGGUGGCGCGAGCGAGGAGAGUAUGUCGAAAUGGUAAAAUCAAAUGAGCAUAAAGAUAGCAUGCUCUCCGAUUGCCUCGGCUAUGAUUUACGAGUGUAA